AUGAACCCAUCAGCGCAGCUGAGCGCUGCUGUACAUCACCCAGCACAUGCAGAGGUUCCGGAGGCAGGCAGGGUAACACCACAGCACAUGUCCUCGGCUGCUCUUGCCACCAUCGCUUGUCACUCCUCGGGGAUUUGGGCUGUUUGGAGGCCGGAAAUGGUGGUUCUUCCCAAAAGUCCAUCUGAUGCGCGAGGAGAGCCAGCAGGGCUGACAGAGGUAACUGAAGCUGAGGUCUCAGCUGGGAUAAACAGGUUGCGGGAUGUGUGGGAGGAUCUUUGCCAGCAGCUAAAGUCUGUCUCAGAGGCCAAGCUGCCUGCGGGGAAGGCGCUAGUUUAUCCUGAUGUUCGGUACUCAACGAAGCAGAAAAACAAUGUUAGUCUUCGGUGGCCAGGGAAAAUAACAGAAGUUUGCAAAGGUGGUCUCCAGAUGAUACGGCCCCCGCCGAAGCAAUUGCACCGUUCUGCGUUUCCCCCGACAAGGAAGAAAAUCUCCAACAGCAGCGGGCUGGCAAGUGCAGCCUACGGGAUCAACAGCAUCCUCUACCAGCGGGGCAUCUAUCCCCCCGAGACCUUCACCCGCGUCCAGAAGUAUGGGCUCACCCUCCUCGUCACCACCGACCCCGAGCUGAAGAACUACCUCAACAACGUGGUGGAGCAGAUGAAAGAGUGGCUGUACAAGUGCAUCGUGCAGCGCCUGGUGGUGGUCAUCUCGAGUAUCGAGAACAACGAGGUUCUGGAGCGGUGGCAGUUCGACAUAGAGUGUGACAAAACUGCGAAGGAUGAGAGUGCACCACGAGAAAAAUCUCAGAAAGCUAUUCAGGAUGAAAUUCGAUCUGUUAUCAGACAAAUAACUGCCACAGUAACUUUCCUGCCACUGUUGGAAACUGCCUGUGCCUUUGACUUGCUGAUAUACACAGAUAAAGAUUUGGUAGUGCCAGAAAAGUGGGAAGAGUCAGGACCACAAUUCAUAGCCAAUUCGGAAGAGGUUCGUCUUCGUUCCUUCACUACUACAAUCCACAAAGUAAAUAGUAUGGUGGCUUACAAAAAGGAUUCCUUCCCUUAAAACAUGGUAGGGGCUGUAUAUAGUUUUUGUUCAUAGUGCAGCUAAGUCAUGAACACAUCAUUACUGUUGCUCUUCCUGAAGUAUGAUACAGAA